GUAUUUGAUAAUAUUAAACUGUAAAUGUUUUUAAACCCAUUGUAACCCCUGGAUCUGUAUGUACUGUAGGUGGCGGUAAAGUUGUUUGUCAGUUUCCAUUAAACCAGGAGAAGAAGUAACUGCCUUGUGUUACAUUAAAAAACUUCCUGCCAGUCGAUGGAGUUGGAAAUCAUAAGACUCACUGCAUUCAUAAAAUGACAUAGUAUUAACGAUAAGCUAAUUAAAUCACAUUAUAUGCGAUGUUAUUUAUCAUAUAUAAUUCCGUUAUAUGUAACGGAAACUGUUGAUCAAAUAUAUUGAUAAACAUCCUGUAAAUAACACGGAAACUGACUUGAACUGACUGCCGUUUCAGAAGUACUACAAGUCUUCGUUCACAGGUGUUCUCUGCAAUAAUGGAAGGUGCCUCAAAAAGUGAUGCCACACCACAGACGUCUGUUGCUGCACAAGUUCCAUUCAUUGACCUCUGCACAGUUCUGGAGAACAUCCAAAAGACCAAACUCCGACCAGACAAAGGCAAAAUACUAAAGGAUUUUAUCGAUUCUUGGAGGAACUUCCAUGCAGCGCUUCACAAGGACAAUUCCAAUACCACUGAUUCAUUUUACGCAGCCAUGCGUCUUAUUGUGCCUCAAUUUGAGCGAGAGCGAAUGGCUUACGGUAUAAAAGAAAAUAUGCUUGCCAAACUGUAUAUUGAAGUUUUAGGCCUACCUAAAAAUGGAACUGAGGCAAACAAACUUCUAAAUUACAGAGCUCCAACCACAUCUCAAGGAGAAGCAGGUGACUUUGCCCUUACGGCCUACUUUGUCCUGAAAAAAAGGUGCACAAGUCAGGGGAAUUUAACCAUUAAAGAAGUCAAUGACUUCUUGGAUUCUGUAGCUAUCAACAAUGCCAGCAAACAGAAGGAUCAAGUGAAGAAAAGCCUUUUGCAUCUGAUAACCCAGAGUUCAGCUUUGGAACAGAAGUGGCUCAUUAGAAUGCUCCUUAAGGACAUGAAACUUGGCAUUAGCAAGGAGACAGUACUUCAAGUUUUCCAUCCAGAUGCACCAGAACUCUACAAUGUCACCACAGAUCUGAAUAAAGUCUGCAGAAAACUUCAUGAUCCAUCUGUGUCCCUUAGUGAGGUGUCCAUUGAUCUGUUUUCUGCAUUCAAACCAAUGCUGGCUGCUGUUGCCAACGUCAGACAGAUAGAGAAGCAAAUGGGCAACCGGCCAUUCUACAUUGAGACAAAGCUUGAUGGUGAACGCAUUCAGCUGCACAAAGCUGGAGAUGUUUACAAAUACUAUACCAGAAACUCUUAUGAAUACACACAACAGUUUGGGGCCUCUCCACUAGAGGGCUCCCUCACACCAUACAUUCACAACGUCUUCAAACCUCAUGUGGUAAACUGCAUACUGGAUGGGGAGAUGAUGGCUUAUAACCCUACAACUGAGACCUUCAUGCAGAAGGGCAGUAAGUUUGAUAUUAAAAGGCUAGUGGAUGACUCUGAUUUGCAAACCUGCUUUUGUGUGUUUGAUGUCUUGUUAGUAAACAAUCAGAAGUUUGCAAAUGAACCUCUCAAGAAGCGCUACGAAAUUCUUGAGACUGUCUUCACGCCGAUCAAAGGUCGCAUCCAGGUGAUCACGAAAGCUGAAGGCAAAACCAUGCAGGAAGUGGUGAAUUCUCUCAAUGAGGCCAUUGACAAUCUGGAUGAGGGAAUUAUGGUUAAGGAUCCCAUGUCUAUCUACAAACCAGAUAAACGGGGUGAAGGAUGGUUGAAAAUUAAGCCAGAAUAUGUGGAUGGUCUGAUGGAUGAACUUGAUCUGCUGAUAGUGGGAGGCUACUGGGGUAAAGGCAGAAGAAGCGGGAUGCUGUCUCAUUUUCUGUGUGCUGUAGCAGAGGUACCGAGUCCAGGGGAGAAGCCCACGGUGUUCCACACCUGCUGCCGCAUCGGAUCAGGCUACACUAUGAAAGAACUGUACGAUCUUGGUCUAAAGCUGGCCAAACAUUGGAAAGUUUACAGCAAAAAUAAUCCUCCAGCUGCCAUCUUGUGUGGAACAGAAAAACCAGAAGUUUACAUAGAACCACGCAACUCUGUGAUCUUACAGGUCAAAGCCGCAGAGAUCGUCUCUAGUGAUAUGUAUAAGACAAACUGCACAUUACGUUUCCCCAGAAUAGAAAGAAUCAGAGAAGACAAAGAGUGGCAUCAGUGCAUGACCUUGGCUGAACUGAGCCAGUUCCGCUCCAGAGCUUCUGGAAAGCUGGCAUCCAGACAUCUACAUAUCCAAGAAGACCAGCCUGAGAAGAAGAAGCAAAAGUUUGCAGCCAAGCCCAAGAAGACAAUCGGAGUCAUUGACCACUUUAAAUCUCAGGAUUUAUCAGCAAUCACCAAAGAGACGGAUAUGUUUGAAGAUGUGGAGUUCUGUGUGAUAAACGGCAAUGAUGAACAUUCCAAGGCAGAGCUUGAGAAAGUUGUGGCCCGCUGUGGAGGCAUUGUUGUGCAGAACCCUGGAAAGGACACGUACUGUGUGAUUGCAGCUGUGCAGAACAUAAAAGUAAAGAACCUCAUCUCCUCAGACCAGCAUGAUGUGGUGUGGGCUACUUGGCUGCUGGAGUGUCUGGAAAAUAAGCAGGUUAUACCAUGGCAACCACGUCACAUGAUCCACAUGUCACCUUCCACAAGGGACCACUUCGCUAAAGAGUAUGAUCAGUAUGGAGACAGCUAUUACGUUGACACUGAUGAACAACAGCUGAGGGAAGUCUUUGAAAGGAUUGGCCCCACGGAAGCAGAAUGCUCAUCUGUGGCACAGAUAGAAGCAGAGAAUGCCUGGGAUGAUUUGCCCACUAGCAUUUUUAGGCCUUACACUGCAUACUUUGACCGGUGUGCUGACUUAGGAGAUCCAAAAUCCAUCAUCCGGGGUACAAGUUUGGACACUCGUGCCUUAGAAUUCCGAUUCCAUGGUGGUAGAGUUGUGGAGAAACUGAAGGAAGGAAUCUCACAUGUCAUAGUGGAAAGUGAGAGAAGAGCUCUGGACUUGAAGACACUGAGGCGACUUUAUAGUAAGAAGUUCAAAAUUGUUCGAGAAUCUUGGGUGACUGAUUCCAUCAAAGCAGGCCAUGUAGAGGAUGAGAUUAACUACCUGAUAUAACAAUGAAGGCUACUACACCAAAUUUUGAACACUGAAAGAUUGUGAUUUUUUAAUACUAGCUGUCAUAGAAUAACACUGGAUAAUUAUUACUGUUGCAUUAAAGGUAAAAGGGUGUAAUUUGCAUUAAAGAGAGUAAUUUACAAUUGAAAAUGUAUCAAUACCUUUUUAAGUUUGUCAUCUGUCUCUGAUUUAAAGCACUAAGACUGAGACUAAUUUAAAGCACUGAGAAAAAUGUUAUACCUUUUUUUGAAAACAAAUAAAAAACCUUUAUUUUUCUUAUUCUGUAGUUUGUUCUAAAUAAAAAUGUCAAAAUCAUAGAAUGUACUGUAUUAAAUGGGGUGGUUAUAACCUAAUGGUUAAAAAUCUUGCCUUUUUAAAUGUCGCCCUGUAAAUUAGGUUGAUGUUACUGUACUAUUAGUUACUUAAGAUGGAAAUUAUAUGCAAAAUAACAUGUAAUUAAAUUUGAUUCUUAAAGAAGCAUUCAGAAUUUUAAUUGAAGCUGUCAAAAGUGUUUUUCUUGUACAUUAACUUGACUCAUUACAGUCAGACAAAUUGAGCUUCUGACAAGCUUGAAGUUCCAUUUGAACAGCUUGUCAAGCACACUGAAUUUAUUGUGUGAGAGCUGUAGCUUUCUAAUUGUUUGGGAUGGGAGUUACUGUAAUGCUUCCAGAGAUCUAAUUUCCAGAGCGCUAAUAGAAUGUUUGAGGCUUCACACACAAGCACAGUCAACUGUGUGUCUAGGUAUUGUAAAGAUGGAUUUGCAUUUAAGUAAUAUGGAUAUUACACUAGUUAAUUGGUGUGAGUUUGUGAAGGUGUGUGAGUGACAAAUCCAUCCCUCAUUGCAAAUGAAAGCAUAAUGUGCUUGCACUGAGUUAUGAGUUGUGAAAUCCACAUUUAGUGUGAGAAGAUGCUUUGCUUUGGAAAUGAAUGCUUCGGAGUCACUUUAAUGACAAAAAUGGUCCUAAGACUAUAGCGUGUAAUGUGUUGU